AUGGGUUUCUUCAAUUCAUUAAGGAACAUAAAAAAAUGGUUCACUGACAAGGCUGGAUUUUCUGGACAUAAAGGACCAACAAAACGUAAACAUGAAGACUGUGAACAUAUAAACAAUAAAAGAGUUCGCAUGGAUGAUAGCCUUGUAGAAAUUGUUGAAAUCAGCGAUGAAUCACUAUCUGAAACCGAUGAGGUGGAAAUCACUGAACCUGGGCCAUCCACUGUACCACUCAGAGCCAGUCCACCUGUUAUGCUCAUUGAGGGUAGACAACAUGCAAGGAGAACUAUUUCACCAGUUAGGACAAUAAAUCUAAAUGAAAGUAACGAUGAUGAUGUCCAAAUAAAAUUAAUUCGAUCAUAUAGUUUAUCAAAUCCACAACUUAAAAAUAACCGGAAUGCUAGUACCAAGGCUAUCCGAGAAGAAAGAUCUUCAAUUAGAGGAACAAAACAAUUAAGUUUGAGUAUGGAAGGUGGAUUUUCUGCAUUAAAAAUUAAUGACACAUCAAAUAACGCUGACCCAAAUAAAUCAUUUGCAAUGGUUUUAAAACAUUAUGUGGCGCCAAAACCAGAAACUAACAUUUUAUUAGAUUCUAGUUCUAGAUCACCAAUGUGUAAUCAUAAAGAAAAUAUUUUAAAUCAAUCCAAAUUAUCUCAAACAUCUGGUAAAGAAAAUUUAGACAUUCCUGAAUUAAGUCUUCAUAAGAAUAGAAUUAUCAAGAAAGAGUUGUUUUAUGAACGUAUAUUAAGAAAGUUUAAGGAGAAACAAGCAGCUGCCAUUUUAUCUUCUGCUCCAACAACCCAACAAAAAUCACCCGACGAUAUUUUCCAAGAAAAAUUAGAAAUUAUGAAAAAAGAAUUAGACAAAAUUGAACCACAAAAGAAAAAUGAAGUUUUUCCUGGUUAUUCUAAAGAAAUAGUUGAAUCGGUUGCACAUCAAAUGUCUAGUUCGUUAAAUGAGUACAUUGUUCAAGGGAAAAAUAUUAAAAAAAUGGAUUUAAAAACAAUUUAUAUAUCUUCUGCUUGGUUAAAUGAUGAAGUUAUAAAUCAUUAUUUUGGUAUGAUUGUUGACCGUGAUCCAACUAACAUUCACACAUUUGAUACAUUCUUUUAUUCUAAAUUAUCAUCACAAGGAUAUCAAUCUGUUCGUCGUUGGUCAAGAAAAAAAGAUAUUUUUGCAUGUAAAAAAAUGUUCAGUCCUAUUCAUCUGGGUAACCAUUGGUGUCUUAUAUGUGUAAACUUCAUUGAAAAAACCGUAAAAUAUUACGAUAGUUUAGGUGGUAAAAAUCCUAAUUGUUUAAAUAUAAUAUUUGACUAUCUAAAACAAGAGUAUGCGAAUAAGAAGAAUGAGGAAUUUGACUGUAGUGGAUGGCAAAUAAUGGAUGCUGAGGAUUGUCCAAAACAAAAAAAUGGUUAUGAUUGCGGGGUGUUUACUUGUGUCAAUGCAGAGUACCUAUCUCGUGAUGCAAAACUAGAUUUUGUACAAGAUGAUAUGCCUAAAUUAAGAAUAAGGAUAUGUUAUGAGAUCUUAAACAAUCGUUUAUGUUAUUCAAAUUAA